AUGGGCGCUAGACGGUGCGGAGGCCGUCGGGGCACCAGUUGGGCCGGAGGGGGCGCGGCCAGGGCGGCGCAGAGCAGGUCCAACGCGAGCGGGGCGAGCUGGGCGGCAACAGACGCGGCGGGAUGGCAGCGGAGCAAAAGCAGCAGCAGCACGGGGUGGACGCCGUCAGGGGCGGCGGUGCGCGCCGCGGGCGAGAGUGGAGGCCAGGGAGCGCCGGGCGGGGCGCUCGUGGCGUGCGCCGGGCGCGAGCUGGGUGGUGGGGGCGGCGGCAGUAGCCAGAGGGAGCCAGGGCAAGGUGGCACAGGAGGCUUGCGGCGGAGUGUGUGUGUGCUGUGGACGGCGCUGGCGACAGAGGGGAAGGAAGGGAGCUCACGGGGGGCUGUAGGGUUUGGGGCAGCGGGGCGUGAGGAGGAAGACGGGGACACGCGUUGA